UUCUAUAAAAUGGCAGCAGCGCUAUCACCAUAGCAUUGAUUAAUCUCAUUAAGUUGAUUCACCAGACUUGAGCUUGUUUUUUGAACAAUGCAGGAUGUCUCCCUCAAUUAUGAAAAUGUUAAUUUUGUAUCAUUCAAAAUUGUGAGGUGUCAUUUCAAGGCGGACACCCAGAACUUCGGCAGACUUUAUUUUUAAAAGUAUAUUUAUUCCAAUAAAUCAAUUUAUUUUUAUUUUUAGAGUUUUUGAGUUAUCUAUAAGUAAAAAGUGUGAAUAUUUUCGUAACUUACUUUUUUAUGUGAUAAAAUUAAUUUUAUUGGACUUCCAACAUAAAUUGAUUUAGCAAAACUCAGUUCAAAGGUUUAAAUCAGACCUAAAACGUCAGGACCCGCCCACGUACCUGCAUGCAGCUGUGGAACAAGCCCAGACACGUUUCUUCACGGAGCCCAAUAGGAAAACACUUUACCGAACUCAUGUUUAGGGUCUUCUAGGCGCGAUGCGAGACGUCACAAGCGGGCUAACGUUGAGCCAAACAGCAGCUUCGAGGCACGGGCGGAAAUGAGAAGGAGUUUGGCCCCCAGUCAGGUCGCCAAACGGAAGCAAGGGGAGGAUGAUCAUCGAGACGAAAUAUAGUAUAUUAACCACGAGCGGUUCUCGAGAGAAGAUGAAUGGAGAAAAUUGGGACAGUGAUGAAGAAGUCCAAGUUCCAUGGCCACUCAACAAAGCAGGAGGAAGGAAGCAGUCACAAACCAAAUACGUGGCAAGAAUUCUGAGGUUUGGUGAAGACACACGUGAACUGACGCCAUAUUUGAAAGCCGCUCAGGAUGGCAAGGAUGUACCCCUUACUGGUGAUUUGGAAUAUGGCAGAGGCAAGAGAAACAAACAGCCAAAGUCUUGGUCAUCAGACAGUGAGAGCAAGGAUGAAAGUGUUGAGGAGACUCUAUCUGACAGACAGCAGAAGAAAAAGAGGAAAGUAAGCCGUACAGCUGUGGGAUAUGAUGCUCGGGCACAAUUGAAGGCCCAACUUGCUGCUCUGGGAAGAACUUCACCGAAAGAUACAUGUACAGAAAUGGAAUCCCUGAAGAAGGAAGUCCUCCAGUUGAGAGAGGAAAACAAAUCCCUUCGAGAUGCAUUGAGGGUUGUUGAAGGACUUCCUGGCCUGCUAAUGAAGAUGGACGACUUAUCACGUCAGGCAACAAUACUAUCAGCUCGACGUCCUGCUGUCGCUCUGCCAGAGAGGAGCUGGCCAACAGCAGCUUGACAGGAAAAAAAUCCAAUGCUUUUAAGGAUAAGCAUGAGAAACCAAAACUGGAUGACAAGAAAGUGUCUGCUAUUAUUGAUUUUGUGAAGAAGCUCCAUCCCUCAAGUGAAGCAAAUGUGACAAAGAAAAUCAUUGGAGUGAAACUGAACAUUGCGCAGAAAAUGGGAAAAAAAGAAGGCCUCAGAAACAAAUUCUGCUGGACGUCUAGCCGUCUCUAACAGUCGGGGAAGCGCGGUGAUCAUGUUGAUUUAUGCUGCUGACAUUUAUUUAUUACGUCAAGAUUUGAGUUACAUGUAUAUAAUAAAUACAAGUCAACAUU